GAACUGAAGAAGAUGAUGACGAGGGGGAGGAGCUAUCAUAUUGUCAGUUUGCUUGCAAAUUGUAGAGUAAUUGCUCAUAACAAAAAAUCUCUCAAGUGAAACAGAUGUCAGCUGAAUCCAGUGAAUGCGGUGAAGACAGAAUCUGUGGUGGACAGCACAUAUUACACAGGAGUAGAGCUGCGAUAAUCUCUGUCCAAAAGUGAAGACAUGGAUGAGAAGAUGGAGAGGAAGACCGCAUAUUGGAGGGAGGAAGAAGACAUUGUAUCUUGCAUUAAGAAGGAGGAGGUAGGCUGGGAGGGGCAGAGUGAGGAGAUGAAGAGGGGGGUUGGUGUGAGAGAUGAGAUCAGGGCAGUCUGGAGGGAACAAGAAGAAGAGGAGCAUGAACAGAGGAUGAGAGCUGAAUCUCCUCAAACUGGUGACAUUGACAGAGUGCUGAAGAAUGGUGGAAAAUUGGACUGUGUAAAACAGGAAGAGGAAGGCAUGUCACACUGUGUCACUUCAUAUGUUUUCAAACAGCCAAGGCUACUUAAUCACCUGAUUGAAAUGACAGACAUUGGAGUUUUUUCACCAUCUGAACCUGUGGCCAGCAAUGGGGACCAGGUAGUGAACUCUCCAUGGAGACAAGAUAUGGUCUCGCCAAUGAAGGAAGAAUGGUCACUGAGGCAGAAGGGAAAGGUCAUGACCUGGAAAAGAAAGAUGACUGGCAAUUUCGAGAGUCCCUUGAAACAGCUGUCAGAUUCAUCAGAGAAAGAGGUUUAUGCUGAACCCUCUUUUGGAUCUCCUGUCAUCACCCCCAGGAAAGGAAGCACUGGGCAGGCUGGUGAGGUGAAGCCUCCCGUAUUUGCCUGCUCCCAGUGCCCAUUCGUUCACACGGAUGAAGUGAACCUUCACCAGCACUUUGAGAAGGUUCACUCGGAGGAGUACAACAAAAUUAUCGUAGACUCGGACACUCCAGGGGCUCACACGUGUUUUGAGUGCGGGAAGAGUUUCAGAUUUGCAUCACGCCUGGCAAUUCACCAGCGAAUUCACACAGGAGAACGUCCAUACCAGUGCUCCCAUUGUGGGAAGAGUUUCCUGUAUCAAUCAGUGUUGAAAGCACACCUGAGAAUUCACACAGGGGAGCGCCCGUACCACUGCUCCAAGUGUGGAAAGAGUUUCAUAACCGCAUCACACCUCACAAGACACCAGCAAACUCCUACAGGCGAAUGCCAGUUCCAGUGCUCCCAGUGUGGGAAGAUCCUCAGAUCUGCAUCACAGUUGACAACACACAUGCGAACGCACACAGGGGAGCGCCCCUACCACUGCUCCCAGUGCGGGAAGAGCUUCAGUCGAUCAAGUAUUCUAAUAUUACAUCAGCGAACUCACACAGGGGAGCGGCCAUUUCAUUGCUCCCGGUGCGAAAAAAGUUUCAGUCAAUUAAAUAUUCUGAAGAAACACCAGCGAACGCAUACAGGGGAGCGCCCAUACCACUGUUCCCAGUGUGGGAAGAGCUUUAGUCAGUCAAGCACUCUGACAGUCCACCAACGAACUCACACAGGGGAGCGCCCGUAUCACUGUUCCUACUGCGGGAAAAGCUUCAGCUCUGCGUCACACCUAACAAUACACCAGCGAACUCAUACAGGGGAAAGGCCCUAUCAGUGCCUCUGGUGCGGUAAGAACUUUAGUCGAUCAAAUAUUCUCACGCGACACCUGCAAACUCAUAAAGAGGAGCGCCCGUCCAGUGCCCCUGUUGUGGCAAGAGUUUCAGUUCUGCAUCACAAAUGACAACACACAAAAAAACUAAAAUUCACGAGGCUGUAUCCUUGCCAAGAGAGCACUGCCUGUACAGCUACCAGCUGCCACGUGCUAGGAGGCUUGUGGAGUGUGCCUUCGGCGUACUCGCCAGCCAGUUCCGUAUCUUUAACCGGGCGGUGGCCGUUGAACCAGCGACAGCAGAUUUGGUUGUUAAGGCUGCUUGCAUUCUGUGCAAUUUCAUGCGGUGGGACCUGAAAAGAGGACAUCUCCAACUCCAUCAGCGAUGACGGGAGCUGGUGAGGGAUUGCUGCCUGUCCAGCGGCUUGGGAGCAACAACUCUUCCAGAGAGGCUUUCUCCAUCCGCAACAAGUUUGCAGAGUAUUUCUCCUCCCCUGCCGGGGCAGUCUCCUGGCAGCACGUUGUUGUUUGAGGCACCAAGCAACAUAAUAGAAACUCUGAGCAACUUUAGCAUUUUGGGAUCUCCCCCUCAACAGACACACGCUGGCAGUCAGAGGAAUUAUUAAACGAGACCUCUUAGAACUCUUACAACUUCAACCCAGAAUGUUCUGUGCACUCCCAUAAUACAAUGCAGAAAUGUUCCAAUAACUGUUCGGCACUUCCAGCACAAAUUAUCAUUCAUUAUUUUCAUUCUGUAGUCUUAAUGGUGUAUGAUAGUAUCUUUGUAAUAUUUUGUAUUGUGUAAAUUUCCCCUUUGCCUCCUUUAUAAAUUUCCCAAACUCUUUCUCACACCAAAGGGUAAGAAUAAAUGAUAAGAAAUGUGA